UUCGAGACUGGUGCUUACCGUGACUACUUCCAACUUACAAGGAUACUCAAUCUUAUCGAGAUCUUGAGAAUUGUGAUUAAGGACUAUUAUUGACAGUGAACUUGACAAAUAGAAUUCGUUUUUGUUGUGUUUUUGUGAUCCCUUGGAUUGAUCAAGUAUGGACUACCACCGGCACAUGGAGACAGCUCACCAGCAGCCGGAGCCCCAGGCCUCCUCCCAGUGGAACUACGGCUGGGGCCCGCCCGCGCCCGCUCCUCCGCCUCCUCAGGCGCCGCCGCAACCUCCCUCCCACCACAGGAACAAGCGCGCGCACUCCGAGAGCGAAGACGAUGCCUUCUCCGAAGAGAGCAGCAAGGACGCCACGUCCCCCGGGGGCGCCGGUGACUCCUGCCAGCUCAUGAGCCGCAAGCGCCGGCGCGGCGUCAUUGAGAAGAAGCGCCGCGACCGCAUCAACACCUCGCUGACAGAGCUGAAGCGACUGGUGCCCGCUGCCUGCGAGAAGCAGGGCUCCGCCAAGCUGGAGAAGGCCGAGAUCCUGCAGCUCACCGUUGACCACCUCAAGAUGCUGCAUGCCAAAGGUCUGGACACGUUAGCUUACGACCCUCAGAGGUACGCCAUGGACUACCACAGCAUAGGGUUCCGCGAGUGCGCAGCCGAAGUAGCGCGCUACUUGGUGAGCUGCGAGGGGCUGGACAUCCAGGAUCCGCUGCGGCUUCGCCUCAUGAGCCACCUGCAGUGCUUCGCGGCGCAGCGGGAGCUGGCAGCCAAGUCCAACUGGGGCUACCCACAGUACCCACCCGCACCGCACCACACCUACACCGAAGUAAGACAGGACCCCACGACGUCGAGUGCGGCCCCCGCCCCCGCAUCCUCGGCGGUGACGGCCCCGCUGUCUGCAGGCCCCAGCUACCCGCAUUACGCGGGGCCCCCCGCACCGCCGGGGCCCCCAGUGCCGGGCCCCCCCGCGCUGGGCCCCCACCCUGCCACGGCGCCCCACUACCCCGCCCCGUAUCCUCAUCAUCCGCCACACCACCAGUACUCACAGAACACCUCCAAGCCCUACAGGCCCUGGGGGGCGGAACUAGCCUACUAACUAUAAUUAUUAUGCAUUCGUUGCAUAAGACUUCUAACAUAUCAAAAAUAAUGAGUCAGAUAUUUUAUUAAAGAGUAUUUCAUAGUUUAAUUGGUAAAUUAUUAAUUAAUAAAAUUUCUAACUCCACCAUUAUAUUAUUAUGCAAGAACUGAGGGGCUGUUGUUGUAUAUUACAAGAGUUUAUUAU